AGCGCGCACGGCGGCGGCUACGUGACGAGGCUCAGGUCCACAAUGGGGUGUGAAGAAGCGGCGGGCGAGAGGCGGCCGGUGACGCGGUGCUGAGACGGCUCCGAGCCCCGGAGGGAACGCGAGGCUUCACCGCUCGCCACAGCGGUCAGGCCGCGAGUAGAGCCGCCCCGGAGGGACCGCAAAUGAAGUGCGAGAACUGCACCAAAAAGGAAUGCAGUAAAAAACAGAAAAAUGACGAUGCACAAAGUACGUCGGUGGAUGUGCUGAGUUCUAACGAUGACUUUGAGGAGAAAAAUGAGUUUUUUACGUUGGCUAAUGCUAAAAUACUCCUUAGCGACUGCCUAGCGUGUGACAACUGCAUGACAUCAGAAGAAGGGGCCAGAGUUUUCCAACAGAAUCAGAAGGAGUUCUUUCGCAUACUCAACCUUAAUAAGAAGUGUGAUACCUCAAAACACAAAGUGUUGGCAGUGUCUAUAUGCCCUCAGUCAUUGCCUUAUUUUGCUGCUAAAUUCGAUCUCUCUGUGAAUGAUGCAGCCAAGAGACUCUGUGGUUUCCUCAAAAGUCUUGGGGUGCAUUAUGUAUUUGACACCACUAUAGCUGCUGAUUUCAGUAUCCUGGAGAGCCAGAGGGAAUUUGUGCAGCGCUAUCAGCGGAGGAACCAGGAGGAGCACGCCUUACCAAUGUUUGCCUCUGCUUGCCCUGGUUGGAUCCGGUAUGCAGAAAGGGUUCUCACCAACCUUGUGACCCCCCACAUUUGCACUGCGAAGUCUCCACAGCAGAUCAUGGGCUCCCUGGUAAAGGGCUAUUUUGCCAGGCAGCAGAAUUUGUCUCCAGAACAAAUCUUCCAUGUCGUUGUGGCGCCUUGUUACGACAAAAAGCUGGAAGCCUUGAGGGAGGACUUCUACACUGCCUUGUAUAACUCCCAAGAAGUUGAUUGUGUUCUAACGUCAGGUGAAAUUGUCCAAAUAAUGGAGCAGAAAAAUGUGUCUAUGAAAGAUGUGACUGAAGUAGCUGUAGAUAGUUUGUUUGGUGAAAUAAAGGAGGGAGAUGUAGUAAGGCAUGACGGGAAGAGAUCUGAUGGAUACCUGGAGCACAUCUUUAAACAUGCUGCAAGGGAGCUUUUUGGCAUGGAUGUCAAAGAAAUCACCUACAAAGCAUUAAAGAACAAAGACUUUCAGGAAGUUACCCUUGAAAAGGAUGGUGAGACAGUGCUGCGUUUUGCAGCAGCUUACGGCUUCCGGAAUAUCCAAAACAUGGUUCUGAAGCUGAAGAAAGGAAAGUUUUUAUACCAUUUUGUAGAAGUCCUUGCCUGCCCAGGAGGGUGCCUAAAUGGAAAAGGCCAGACACAGACUGAGGAUGGAAAACCAGAUAAAGCUCUGCUUAGCCAGAUGGAGGACGUGUAUGCUGCAAUACCUGUCAGGCUUCCAGAAGCCAACGUGUACGUACAAAAGGUGUACCAGGACUGGCUGGAAGGGAUGGAUUCCAGGAAGGUCCAGGAAACUUUGCACACUAAAUACAGUGCAGUAAAUCAAACAGCGAGCAACUUGGAUAUCAAAUGGUAACAAAUCAAACUUCCAGAAUAUUUGCUUAGAUUAGUUACAAAUUGAGCACUGGAAACAUUCUAUGCAAUCGCAGAUGCUAUGCACUAGCCAAGUGUAUGAAUGAGAUGCUUUCCAUAUUGUGGAUCAUUAGCUGUGAAGAACCAUUGCUUCUUGAAAACAAAACCAGAAGUCUCAAAAAGCCCUGGAUCCUGCCAUUGUCUGUAAGCUCUUAUUGCUUGUUGUCUCCUGUGUAUAAUGGAUUUCUUUGUUCAAAACCAUCAUCUUGCAAGGUACGUGAGCACUUCCUGCCAGGUGCAGGGAGUGUAAGUCUAAGAUACUCCAGACUGAGGGUUCCCAUUACUUCACAGAUUGGGUUUUUGCAGGAAAGUGCAACUUCUCCUACUCCAAAGCUUGCAAUUUUCUCCUUUGGGAGAACAGUCAUCAUGAACUACUAUAUUGUUCCAGUUGUUAUUUAGUAACAUGGGAUUCACUUGUACAGGUUGUGGGGUUGUUUUAUUAACAAGACAAGUGCAUACAUGGAGAGAUGUAAGGAAUUGAUACAUGCCUUCUGUCCGUAUUUGAACCAAUGCUUUUCAGUUCCAAGCUGGAGUUGCUAUUCUUUACUGAUUAAACCCUUUGGUAAGGAACAAGAUGCUUCAUAGAACCAAACAUGAGAAAUUAAUGUGAAAUGGUUGUAAUGCUGGCCUUCACGUAAAGCUACUUGCAAAUUGGUUGGUACAGAAAGAGAACUUUUCCUCUUUUUAUAAACUCACAGCUAGAACGAAUGCUGCUGCUUCCUUGCAGUUCUUUAUGGAAGCAAAACAUGCAGAUGUGCCACCAUGUGAGCCCGUGCACACAACAGCUUUGUUAGAUCUGCUGAGCCAGAUUUACAGCACUUCCAUCUCAUCUUUCACUACACAGAAUGCCACGUUAUUCCUUUUGAUUUAUCCCCAUGAUGACGGACUUCUGUGAGAGUAACAGCAUGGAGUGCUUCUGGAGAACUACUUAGCAGCGCUUUUGAGGUCAGGUUGUUUUGCAUUGCUGUCAUUCAUUUUGGUGUCCUUAAUUUUUAGGUAUGCCAACAAGUUUUUUGUUUAACAAACAUCUGCAGGCGGUGUCUGUGUGCAGACAUUUCUGCAGCUUCAUGGGGUGCUCGGAGCUGUUUUGUCCACCAUAAUCUCGAACAUCAACCUGUUGCCAAACGCCUUCAGAUUAUCCCAGCAGCAUCAAACUUGUUCUUGAUCAAUGGAUCAUUAUUACUCUAAGGUAGCGAGGUUUCAGAUUGUUUUCCAGUCUAAAAAAUAUAGAUUGACUUUUGCUUUUUUUCCCCCCAGUUGUUUCAGGAAGUGUUUGAAUGCACCUUGCAGAUUUCCCAGUUGUGCAGCUGCUUCUGUGCAUCACUUCCAGUACUGCAGAAACCUGUGUCUGUUUGCAACCAGCAUUUAACUUGAACACAGUGGAUGUAAUGAAGGCAUCAGUAAAGGCAGUGCAGGUGCUUGCAGUGGCAGAAUAGAGGCUCGAGGAGGGGAGAGAGAGAGACUUAAGUAGGUUGCCCUGAUUACAAGAGAGAGCUGGAUGUGAGGCUGUUAAUAGAACUGAUCUCUUAGUCGCACCUCCAGCUAAACAGUUUCACUUUGAGGGAUAUUGUUUCAGAUGCACAUGAAUAUCUAUAACUAUUAUAACUGCUGCCUGAAUGCACACAAUGAGAUUAUUCCUGUAAAUUAACCUUUGUAAGUUGUUCCUUGUUUCAAGAAAAAAAACAAACAACCUUAUUCUUACGUGGUGCAAUAUCAGGACAUCUACAGAAAUCUACCUCUGUACAGGAAGGGAGCCCAGACCCAUGGGAAGACCCACGCAGCCAAAUGCCCCUAAAUGCUAAGGCCGGGUGCUGGUGUUGCAUAGAAUGUCUGAACAGCCACAUAACAAUGGGAUGAUCUGCUUCUGGAAGCAACACCUCACCCGCUCAGUCUCCUUUUCUUUCAGUCACGAUUUCCUCCAAAAACUUCCCUAGAAAGAAAUACCUUGUAACAAAGUGGUCUCGUUCUGUUUGUAUAGGCGUAUGUUUCUAUGUAUAUAUGGUUUAUAGCUCGAUGGCAUGUUUAAAUUAUAUCGCUUCUAUUCUUUGUAUAGUGUGCUUAUUUUUUAUGUGCGUAUACUGGACAAAAUGGUAUGAUAAAGGUCUUGACGUGGAAUCCUCAUUGAAUUUCAGCCUUGCAGUUCUGAGCAGGUACCAUGGGUUGUUUGCACAAUGAGCAGCACAGCAUUGCUGUGUGCGAUGGGAGCAGGGCAGUGCCUGCACUCAGCCUGUGCUCACACUGCUGAGGAAACCACAUGGCUCAGAACAUUGAAAAACCAAACCUUCUCGUUGAAUCCACCCACCGCUCCUUCCCUCUAUGUAGUGCUGUAACAUAUUGACAAAUCCAAUAGGAAACUCCUGCAGUCGCCUUUGGAAGAUGAUAAAGGCAUUGAGCUGAGCAGCUUCUAGUGGCGCCAUGGAAUGUAUGUAAUAUAACAGUGAUGGUGUCUCAUGCUCGUCCCUUUUUGUCAGCUUUUCUUUUGUAAGACUUGGAGUAAAACUGAUUUUUAAAGUUUUAGAACUUUUCUUUCACGUGCCAGUUUGGGGUUUGGUUUUUAACGACCUUUUAACUGUAAUUAGCCUUUGCCCUCCUGCCUUCAUUCAGUGAGAUUUUAACCUAUACUAGACAGCCUUGUUGCAGCUUUGCAUAUAGUGGAACACUCGCCCGGGGCUUCAUUCUGCCCGGUAGCUCUGCGUUUCCAUGUCUGUUGCUGCUGACAAUACGUAGUUUUAGCUGUGGCAUCACUUAGGUCUGAUCAGUUUUUGCUUACUAAUAACUUGUGUUGCUGUUGAGCAGCGGGAGCAGCUCGUGGUGGUGGCAGCCGUAGUGCUUUACUUCUGCAUUGAAUGUUGUGCUGAGACCAUCUGUCUGCAGGGGAUCUUUGGAAAGAGCCCAUUGAAGGGAUGGGGGGAGGUUGACUAGAAAUGCUGCAUGUCAGUUUGGAAGCUGUCCUAAGGCGUCUCCAACCCCAGUGUACCACAUGGUAGGAGCCUUGGGUUGCAUCAAACCUGAUGCUGAGACAACCACAAGGAUUAUAAAGUCCUUUUAUCUGCCUUUUCCAGUAAGUUUGCCUCAGCCACAAGAGCAUCGUGUUGGUUUAUCCAUGUGGGUAAAGGAGAUGGAGAGAAAUUGUACGUAGCAGUGUCAGCUGGGUUAUAUCUGGAUAAUAACGUUCAGUUAAACGACAGUGCUUUGUGUUCGGAUGGAGCAUGACCAUGAAUUGUCCUAAUAAACCUUGAUACUGAAUCAUGAA